UAUAUUCUGUGCCUAAGCUUUACCCUCUGCUUGAUGGUACAGACAGCUCUGGGUGCUGAGCACACCAAGGAGUCUCUAAUGGCUACUGAAUUAUGGGACCCUCCAAGGAAAGUAGAUCCACAUGGGGAAGAUAACUAUCAAUGUCUUCCUAGGAAUCCCCUUCUCCAGACAUCUGUGAGUGCCCUCAGAUUUGCUAGCCCUAGAGUGACCAGAGCCCUGGGAAGGAAACAGAGAUGCCACCACCUAUGCCCCUGUGUGCCUUCAGGAAUCCUGGGGGCCAAUCACUUCCAUGGACUUCAACACACGAAAACAAUAAAAGUUGCUGCACUUGAGUGAGGGCUGUCUGUACCUGAACGUGUACGCGUCAGUGUGCGGGUCCUUCCUCUCUGGGGUGAUGGUCUGGUUCCCAGGAGGCUCCUUCCUCAUGGGCUCCGCUUUCACAUAUGAUGGCUCCAAGUUGGUAGCCUGCGAGGAAGUGGUGCUUGUGCUUCUGCAGCACAGGCUUGGCAUCCUGGGCUUCCUGAGGAGCCAGGCCCGCUGGAACUGGGCAUUGCUGGACCAGGUGGCAGCUCUGCGCUGGGUGCAGAGGAACACAGCAGCCUUUGACGGAGAUCCAGGCUACCUGUUAUACCAGUCAUUAAGAGCCAUGUGCAUCUCCAGACUGGUGAAUGUGGUGCCUGGGCAGAUACACUCUGCCAUUUCCCAGAGUAGCACUACAGUACUCAGAGUCUUCAUCAUUCCUGACCAGCUGAAGUUUGCCAAGAUGGAUAAGUUUGCCCGCAUGACAGGCUGCAAUGACAACAGCACCAUUCUGGUAGACUGCCUGAGGGCACAAUCAGGGGCCCGAGUCCUUUCCUCUCCCCCACAGAGAUUCUUCCACCUGAACUCCCAGGAAGACCCUCAGGAGAUUGUGUGGUUCAUGAGGCCCAUGGUGAAUGGUGUGGUGUUCCCAGAUGACCCUGUGGUGCUUCUGACCCAGGGGCAGGUUGCACCUGUGCCCUAUCUUCUGGGUGUCAACAACCUGGAGUUCAGUUGGGUCUUGCCUUUUAUCUCGAAGUUGCCACUAAACUGGUGCAUGAUGAGAAAAUAAACCAUCACCAAGCUGCUCUGGAGUACCAGCACCUUCUUGUGAAAUAUCACCAAGGAGCAGCUACCACUGGUAGUGGAGGAGUACCUGGGUGAUAGCAAUGACCAUGACUAGAAGAUGUUAUGAAACCAUGUGAUGGAUCUAACUGGGGACACUACAUUUGUGUACUUGAUGCAGGUUGCCCGCUACUACUGCAAUGCUGGCUUCCAUAUCUACAUGAAUGAGUUUGAGCACCACGUUCCCACCAGCAUUAUUAUGAAACCUCACACUGACAGUGCAGACCACAGGGAUGAGAUCUACUUCAUCUUUAGAUGUCCCUUCUCUAAAGGACAUUCCAAUGGUGAGGAGGAGGUGCCGAUCCUCCAGAUGGUAAAACACUGGGCCAACUUUGCCUGCAAAAAAAAUCCCAAUGGUGGGAAGCUGCCCUACUGGCUACACUACAAGGGGGGAAAUUACCUGCAGCUGGAUUUCACCACUAGGGUUGGAGAACUCAAGGACAAGAAGAUGGCUUUUUGGAUGAAGCUGCACCAGCAUUAA